UUGCAUCGGCCGGUUUUGAGCAGUGAGGAUCGCCACUGCAACUUCCUCUGUAGGGAACUGAUGAACAUUUUCUGCGGUAUUUUCACCUCGCGUGUGUUUGUGGUCGUAGCUCGGGGUUGGUGCUCCUGUCCAUGGUGCUGAAACUCAGCUUCGUCUCAGCUUCAUUGCACCUUCAUCUAAUUGCACUUUACUACAUCCUGAAAGUAGCGCGUGGUACCGCGGGGGUUCUGCAUGAUGAUUUCUUUCAGAAUGGUUUUACAAACAAUUUAAAUAGUUGAAGUAUUUUUUUUAUUGUUUUAUCAGGAUUCGGAAAAUUAUUUACAAAUUGCUGACAUAUUUAGUUUUUUUUUUUUCAUCGUGGCUUUUUUUUGUUGUUGUUAAAAGAGAAAGAGACAUAGAGAAAAGGAGAACUGGAGAACUUCUACCGUCCUGAAGAAAGAAGAAACUUUCUCAAGACAUUGGAUGAAUAGCUCCGAAGCUCUGUUGGAUGUUCCUACUGGAUAGGCUGUGAUUGUCGUGCCAUUUUUGUGAGUCGAACUUGGCCGAACCCAAAUGAGAUUUUGAAAGCUCUGGCCCGGGAGGCAGCGCUCUAUUUUUUCCCCCCUGAAUGGAGGCGUCCACCCACGGCUCGGGCUCCGGCUCCGGCUUUGGCAUCGACUCCCUUCUGUCCCACAGACCCGGAAGUCCGGCGGUGGUGGUCGCAAAGGGUAACAUCGGCUUGGAGGGCGAAUGCCGGUCUCCACCGGAGUUCAGCGCCGCGUCGGACGCGGAGAGCGUGUGCUCGAGCCCGCCGUCGCCGAGGCGAGAGGAGCGCGAGGAGGACGAGGAGCGCGAGGCGCACGAGCAGCGGCGGGGCCGCGCGCUCGCCCUGCCGUCGCACACGCACCACGGCCCGGUGUCCGCCGCGCCCCAGCCGCGCACAGUCACCUCGUCCUUCCUGAUCAGAGACAUCCUUGCCGACUGCAAGCCGCUGGCCGCGUGCGCGCCCUAUUCCAGCAACGGGCAACCGACGCACGAGGCGAGCAGGUUAGCGUCUAAAGUGGCCGAGGAGUUCAUCGAGAAGAUCCAUAGCAGCUCGUCCUCGGACGGAGAAUAUAACAAAGUGAAAGAAGAAGGAGACAGGGAGAUAUCCAGCAGCAGAGAUAGCCCCCAGGUGCGACUGAAGAAGCCGAGGAAAGCGCGCACCGCCUUCACCGACCACCAGCUCGCGCAACUCGAGCGCAGCUUCGAACGCCAGAAAUACUUGAGCGUGCAGGACCGCAUGGAGCUCGCGGCCUCCCUCAACCUCACCGACACGCAGGUGAAGACCUGGUACCAGAACAGGAGGACGAAGUGGAAGCGGCAGACGGCUGUGGGACUCGAACUCUUAGCAGAAGCCGGGAACUACUCUGCGCUCCAGAGAAUGUUUCCGUCACCGUAUUUCUACCCGCAAGGUUUGGUCUCGGGUCUCGACCCCGGAGCGGCCGCGCUGUCCUACCUGUGCCGGGGCGCCGGAGCUCCUCCUCCCCCUACUCCUGCGGCGCUACAGCGGCCUCCGCUCGUACCGCGGAUUCUCCUGCACGGGCUGCAGGGCGGACACGAGCCUCCUCCGCCUCUCCCCCCACUGCCGGGUGUGGUACUGCCCAGACCCACCCCACCACGAUGAGCUCCCCUGGCUCGGACAUUACUUUUAAGACCAUAGACUGGAAACUUGGUCUAUACUUAUAUACCUAGGUCUAUCUUGGUCUAUACCUAUAUUAAGACACACACACGCGCGCAAACACACACACACACACAAACACACACCUGGCAGCUCUGGACUUCAACCUUACUGUUGACUAAAGGAUGGAGAAUAUAUAUUAUAUCAUAAAGCCAAUAUAUAUGCUUCUUAACUAAAGAAGCAAACUCUAAGUUGAUGAUGUUGUUAACGUUAUAAGUCAUAAUUUAUGUAAUUAUUUAUGCCCCCCCUUUUUUGUAUUUAACUUAUAUAUUUAUAUAGGAUUAUUCUUUGUUAUCAUUUAUGUUCAGAGAAAGGAGAUGUUUCUGAAGGACGCAAUAAUAAGAAAAAAAGAGA